AUGGCGAAAAGAAGUCGUUUAUCAGAUUUGGAGAUUGAGAAGCUGCUUUUAGAAAGUGACGAUAAUUUCAAUGACAGUUCUGAAAGUUUUCAAGAUACAGAUGUUGAGGCUAGUGAAAGUGACUUCGAUUCAGAAACGUCUGACGAUGAGACACUACCGCAACAGACGGUACCUAGUGAAUUUGUGCGUGCUAGUUCAGUUCGUAUUCAAUAUUUGUUCAGUGGUAAUAGUGGUACAGUUGUGCCUCUAAAACAAAAUGAUGUGAUUAGUUGUUUUAUGUGUUUUGUGGAUGAUGCUUUGUGCACAAUGAUAGCUGAACAGACGAACUUAUAUGCAGAACAGUUCAUAGCUUCUCAUCCCAAUUUACCAGCACACUCCAGGGUUCACAGUUGGCAGAAUACUACAUGCGACGAGGUAAAAACACUUAUUGGAAUGCUAGUACUUCAAGGAAAUCUUCACAAACCAGACCACCAAAUGUACUUUUCAAAGAGGGAAUCAGUUGAUACACCUUUCUUCAGGAAAGUGAUGAAUGAAAAGUGGCUUCAUCUUCUAUUGAAAUUCCUCCACUUUGCUGACAAUACCUCAUAUGAUCCACUAGGCACUAUCAGCAGAAAACUAUUCAAAAUUCACCCCAUUAUGGAGCAUCUGCAGAGUAAAUUCAGAUCAGUGUACAUGCCAGAAAGGAACAUCACCAUUGAUGAAUCGUUAUUGCUCUGGAGAGGAUGGCUUGGAUGGAAGCAAUAUAUUCCAUCAAAGCAUAGCAGAUUUGGCAUAAAAUUGUAUGAACUCUGUGAAAGCAGUUUCGGGUAUGUAUGGGACUUUAAUGUUUACACUGUAAAGGACACUAAUUAUGGUAGCCACUAUCCAGAUGAAAAAAUAACCUCUUGUAUUGUUUUGGAGCUUGCACAUGAUCUGCUCGGGAAAGGCCAUUGUAUUUAUCUUGACAACUGGUACACCAGUACAGAUUUGGUGGACAAAUUAACCAGCAAUAACACCGAAUGUUUCUUUUCUCGGGGUUCUGCCUUGAAAAUAUAA